CUCGAGCCGGUGCUGGACAGCGUGGAGCACGUGAUCGUGGCGACGCACAAGCUCCGGCCGCGGUCGUCGGUGGACUGCAGCGGCGCAAGGCUGUACGCUGCUCCUCGGUUCCGCGAGAUACGCGACGCUUACAGCGCCGCCUACCGCAAGAAGUUCGCCUACAGCGUGUCGGCAGGGGGCGACACCUUCGUCACCAGAAGCGUGGCGCUCGGUGCGGCGGCGCACGCGGCCCCUCCUCCCACUUCCGGCCUCGUUCUGCGGCCCAGCAAGACGAGCUUCGAGAGCGUGUGCAACGUCAAGCCCGUGAUUGUGAGCCCCGCCGAUAAAGAGUGCGUCGUAGCGAUCAUGCAGAUCGAGAAGUCGCUAGACGCCAGCAAUCUGUACUACGUGGCUGCGUACGCGGGACCGAAGCAGCUCCAGGAGCGGAUGCACCGCGCCUACGACGACGACAUGGGCGACGCUCCCGUUGCGGUGUUCGACGCCUUCCUGGACGACUUCGCGGGCCUCUGUCCCGGGGACAGCCCGCGCAUGUCGCCGCAGCUGGCUGCCAUCUCGGAGAGCACGAGUCGCGAACUGCGAUGAGCUGAUUGCGUAGCUCAAUUGCUUUCAUAUAUCUACGCUUUUCAAUCGAGCCGUUAGAUUCUCUGCGUAAUCUACUAAAAUAAAGAACAAUAAUAAUCACGCGUUUAUAAUAGAUUUUUGCGUAUGUAAUUAUGUACGUUAUAUGGUAUAUUUGGUGUAUAGUUGUCAACUUAUGUGCCGUACUGAAUCGCGUUACCCCUUUUACACUGUGCUCCACUGAGGAACUUGUAAGCGACUGUGAAUACAUAGAAGAAAUAAAAAACAAUUGUA